UAUUAAAAGGAUUAGCAAUUGGUGCAGGAGUCGGAACAUUCUUGUAUUUGUUAUACUCAUGUAUUAAAUUUUGGAGAAAGGAGUAUAACACAGAAUUUAUGGCAAAAGAAGCUUACAAAGCAGAGAAAUUUCGGCAAAGAUAUGAAAAGGAAUUAAUUCGUGCGGUUUAUGAUCAUGAAGUUGAUGUUCAAGAUAAACUAUAUUUCACGAAUGCUCCUAAACAAACAAGUGAGAAGGGAGUAGCACAAUCGAUGAAAAAGCAAGAAAUUGCAAAAAUACCGAAAAAAGAUUUGAAAAAAAUCAAAAAGAAAAUCAAUUCACAAAUCGAGGCAAAGUCGAAAAAUGAUCCGAGUUUCUGGGAUGAUUACAAUAAAGAUCCAGAACAAUAUAAACAACCAACCGGUUUUAAGACGAAAGCUAAAAAAUAUUUCAAAAGUUUAUGGCCUUUUUCGAAAGGGAAUAGUGAAGAACAACUGAAAAGCGAAGAACUGGUCCGAUUUGAAGCUCGCCGACAGUAUGAAAAUAUCAGAAAAAAUCGAUUAGAAUUGGACAAAAUAUCAACAGGGUAUGAGAGUACGAUUGAAGAAAUAAAGGACGAUCCACUGUUGGCAAAAAUGAUCCCGAUUUUGAAUCAAGAACAUGCUGAUAUUUAUCGUGAAACCAUAAAAACUACAAACAUUCCUGAAUCCGGAAAGAAGGAUCAGCUUAAAGAAUGGACGAAAAACUUCAAAGACAACAGGAAUAAGUUUCGAAAUGAAUUUGACAAAAAGUUCGAAAUGACAUUUGGUGAAGAAUCUGAUAACAAAUUAAUAAAAAAAGGGAAUUUGUUGAAAAGUUCAACUCAUGGAUCGAAAACGACAGAAGAUGAAUCAACGAAAAUCCUAAGAAGUGAUUCAGACAAAGAUAAAAAGACACAAACACCGGUCAGUAUGAUAAGAAGGACCGAAUCAACAUCUAAACCAAAAGGAAGUCAAACGACCGAAAUUCUAUCAAGUGAUUCGUCCCAAGAUGAAAAGCCAUCAAAUCUCGGUUUAAUAGACGAGCAACAAUCAACAGACAACGUCAAAGUUUACCAAAACAAAGAUUCCGAAAAUCAAUUAAGUGAGAUUGAAAGAAAAAAAGCAGAAUUAAGAAAAAUACACGCAAUAGAACUUGAAGAGUGGGCAAAAAAAUACAAAAUUCGAGAAAAUCGUUAUAAUGAAACUGGUUCUGAAGCAGAUUUAAUUAUUUUAAACCGAAUGCUAAAAAAUAAACCAAAGCUUCCUUUCGAUGAUGAUGAUGAGAUAGUUGGUAUGACUAAACCUCAACGUCCAGAUAGUCAAACGUCCGAACAAUAUGAGAAAAAAGUCAAAAAACCACAAACAGACAACAACGUUGGAGCUUACGCAAAAAAAGAUUCCGAAAAUCAAUUAAGUGAGAUUGAUAGAAAAAAAGCAGAAUUGAGAAAAAUACACGAAAUAGAACUUGAAGAGUGGGCAAAAAAAUGCAAAAUUCAAGAAAAUCGUUAUAAUGAGACUGGUUCUGAAGCAGAUUUAAAUACUCUACAACGAUUGCAAAAAAAUAAACCAAAGUUUCUUUUUGAUGAUGAUGAUGAUGAUGAGAUAGUUAGUAUGACUAAACCUCAAAAUUCAGAAAUGAAACAUCGAAAAUCCACAGAUAGUCUGUCCGAAUUUCUUGAGAAUGAAAGAAAAAUAAAUAGAGCAGAAAUGAAAAGAGAACACCGAAUAAAGACUAAAGAGUGGUUGCAAAAAUACAAAGCACAAAAAUUUCGUUGGUUUGCGACUGGUUCUGAUGAAGAUAUGCGUAUUCUGGAACAAUUGAUAGAAAAUAAACCAACUCUUCAUCUUGAUGAUGAUGAUGAUGAUGAAGUAAUUAGUAUGACUAAAUCUCUACGUCCAGAAAUGAAACGACCAAAUUCUUCGCAGAUCAAAGAAACAUCCAGCUUUUCAUCACAAGAUGAACAAUCGACAUCAAACAAGUUGGACAAAAAAAUAUCAACAAACCAAGAAUCAACAAAUAUUCCAACCACCACCACCAACGAAAUAUCUGAACCAGAACGCAAAAUACCAUUAUAUUCGGAAAUAGCAGAAAAAAUAUAUGAAAAUGGUAUCAGAUAUGAAUAUUAUGAUCUAAAAGAUAAAAAAGGAGAAAUUUAUCAAUAUUGGGAAACAAGAUUAGAUAAAAUUGAUUAUUUAUUGGAACAUGAUGCUGAUCGAGCCGAAGCUAAAAAAAUGGGAAUUGAAUACGGUCAUUGUUUAGCAUGCGAAUAUGAAAGAUCGGAAAUACAACAGUUUGAAGAAUUAAAAGAGAUGGAUAAAAAAAUAAAAAACGCAAAAGAUUUUAUGGAAAAUGAUUUAAAGUCAAAACAGAAAAUAAUUAAUAAACAAAUUGAUCAGUUUGGAAAAGAUGAAAAUAAAAGAAAAAAUACCGAAAAUGAAAUUAAAAAAGAAAUAUUUGAUAAGUAUAAAGAACAAAUCGAAGAAAUAAAAUCAACAAAAGCUCCAGAAGAUGAACAGAAAGCAAAAUCUGGAAUAGAAAAAAAGAUAAGAAAAAUAUUUAAGUUUGGAAACGAAAAUGAUGUAGAUUUAGAACCAUUAGAAUAUCGUAUUGAACCAAUAUUAACUGAUGAAGAAAAAUUAAUUGUAAGUCAAGCGAUUGAACGAAGUUCUGAAAAAAAACAAUACAGAUCUUCGAUUCUUAAAGAGAUGCUAGAAUUCGAAAGAUUAGUUAAAAUAGAUAAAGGUAAAACACAAGAGGCAAUAUUAUUUAGAGACGAACAUUUUAAACCAUUAUAUCAGGAAAUAGUGGAUGGAAAUUUUGAAAACGAUAUUUAUAAAUUUGGACUACUCCUGGAUGGGACGGAUAGAUAUUAUAUAGAGAAAAGUAUUAUUGAUUCGAAAUCAGAACAUAAAUAUUAUCGAGCACAAAUAAUGAAUCAAAUUAAUUACUUCGCAGCAAAUAUUGAUCUUAGUGAAAGCGAUCGUGAAACUUUAACAGAUUUUUUUGAUAUUUUUAGAAAAAGAGUUAGAGGAACUGAUGAAUCAAUUAUGCCUGAAUAUCCAAUAUCCAACUUUAGGCGUAAUGUAGUACCUGGUCCAAAUCCUGUUUUAAGUGCAGAACAAGAAGAUUUUCUUUACUAUGAAUCUAUGAUUAAACCAAAAAUAUACAAUAAACCAGUCGAUUAUUAUGUUUGGUAUUUUAAAGAGCUUUAUGGAAUUAAAGGAGAAAAUUUUUAUGAUCCUUCACAUGUUCGUUUCUAUACAUUAGAUAAAGAAAAGACAAAUUCGUUUUUAAUGAGUUUAUUGAUUGAAUCAUUCAAUAAUUCUCAAUUUAGAAAGGCAAUGAAAUAUCCAUUAGUUCCCGUUACGCUCAAUAUGUUAGAUGAAACCCCCGUUACAUACGAAGAAAAAUAUUCAAGAUAUAGUGGUCUACCAAGAUCAUCAUCAUCAUCAACUGCAUCACAACCAUCCGAAACGGAUUCGUUUACAAAACGAGUGCAAAGAUCAGUGAAUCUUGCAUUAUUACAAACAAUCACUGAAAUGCAAGAAAAUCCAUUUACUGAUUAUAGUCAAAAAUUAUAA